AUGGAGAUCCUAGACAUGCCGCCGCCACGGAUCCCGCUCCUCUCCCCGAGCUCUCCCCCGAUCCCGACGGACCAGAUCUUGCUGAGUUCCGCCACCACCGAGGUCUUCCCCCUCCUCCAAAGAGGAGCCAUCUCAGUCCCCGACCACCGAGGUCUACCUCCUCCUCCACCUGCGUCAUCUCAGUCCACCGCCGAGGUCCUCCCCGUGCACCUCCGCCAAAUCCUCAAGCCCGACCACGCCGCAGCGCGGCACUCCUCCGACCCAACUCCAUGGCGUCCAGCACCUCGCAACACCGACCGACCGCUCCCCCGUCCUCCCCCGACGACCCAUGUCCGAUGCUGCAGCCCUCCAGGGCCCUCCUGA